AUGUUAAUAAAAAGUGGAAAAAAUGGAAUUAGUAAUUUAAUAAGAAAAAUUAGAAAUUUUCAAGAAAAUAAAUGGAAUAAUGAAAUAAAAAAAAUUAAUAGUAAGAACAAAGAAAAAGUAGUAAUUUUAGGUUCAGGAUGGGGUGGUAUGCAUUUUCUAAUAAAUAUUGACUUCAAAAAAUAUGAUGUAACUUUAAUUUCUCCAAGAAAUUAUUUUACCUUUACUCCGUUAUUACCAUGCUUAUGUAGUGGAACACUAAGUAUAAAUGUAUGUACAGAAAGUGUAAGAAAUUUUUUAAAAAAAAAUGGUUCUGUAGGUAAUUACUUACAGUUAGAAUGUACUGAUAUAAUUUAUAAAGAUAAUUAUAUAACUUGUAAAGAUAAUGACAAUAAUGAAAUGAAGAUAAAUUAUGAUUAUCUAAUAAUAGCUGUAGGUGCUAAAACUAAUUCAUUUAAUAUUAAAGGGGUAGAUAAGUUCGCUUUUUAUGUUAAAGAUAUAGAUGAUGUUUUGAAAAUAAGAAGAAAGUUUUUUGAAAAUUUAGAAAAAAGUACUUUACCAAAUACAACAAAUGAAGAAAAAAAAAAUCUUCUUCAUAUAGUUAUUGUAGGUGGAGGACCAACUGGAGUAGAAGUAGCAGGAGAAUUUGCUGAUUUUGUUAAUAGAGAAGUUAAACAAAAUUAUGAGGAUAUUUUUAAUUUUAUAUCUAUUAGUAUUAUUGAAGGAGGGAAAAAUUUACUUCCAACAUUUACUCAAAAUAUAUCUGAUUUUACAAAGUAUAAUUUUCGAAAUUUAAAUAUAAAUGUACUUACCAAUUAUUAUGUAACAGAGGUUAAUGAAAAUUAUUUUUAUAUUCAAUCGAGUAUAGAUAAAAGUGAUAAAAAGAAAUUUCCUUAUGGAGUUCUUAUUUGGGCUAGCGGAUUAGCACAAACUACUCUUGUUAAUAAUUUAUUAAAAAAAAUACCUCAACAGGUUAAUAACAAAAUAUUAAAUGUGGAUUCCCAGUUAAAAGUUAUAGGAGUAGAAUCUAAUAAUGUUUAUGCAAUUGGAGAUUGUAAGAAAAUAUUUCCAUUACAAUUACAAAAAUAUACAAGUGAACUUAUUGAUUCCUUACAUUGUUCAAAAUUAACAUCUGAUACAUUAAAAUCAAAAUCAGAGGAAUUAUCAGAGGUAUUUCCUCAAGCAAGUAAAUAUAAAUGGGAUUAUGAUAAAAAUAAAAAAGGAGAAAUGAAUGAACAAGAAUUUCAUGAAUAUUUAUGUAAAAUGGAUGAAAACUAUAAAUCACCAGCACCUACAGCUCAAAAUGCAAAACAAGAAGCAUAUUAUUUGUCAAAUGUAUUUAACAACUUUCUAACAAGAGAUAAAAAAUUAACUGUACCAUCUUUUAUAGAAAAAUGGAAAGGAUCUUUAGCUUAUAUAGGGAAUCAUCAAGUAGUUGCACAUCUUCCAUUUUAUGAAAUUAAAGGUGGGUUUCUUUCAUUUACCUUUUGGAAAGCUGUUUAUAUUCAAUUGUUAAUGACGUGGAAAUCUAGAGCAACCUUUUUUUUUGAUUGUAUUAGAACAAAACUUUAUGGUAGACCUUUCAUUAAAUAA